AAUGACAAACAGAUAACCUAAACGGACUCUUUAAUAAACGUUUAUUUAAAGGUCUUGGUAGCGCUCAGCACGAGGAAUAAGUUUGAAUGGUAAGAAAAUACAUUCACAACCUAAACCAGCUCUUGUGAAAUGGAAUGCUUCUUGGGAAGCUGCUGGUGAAAGGCAGACUGAACUUCCGGGUUUACCUGUCACUCAAACAGCUGUUCGUCAUCUUGUGGGCGGGCCCCCGUUUGCUGUCAACAUCGAAAUUCAUGUGCAAUAAUAUAUGAACACGCAGCGCUUAAAUACUGUUUGUGUGGUGGGCCUGUUAAUUUGAAUCGUUUUUAUCAUGGACUAAAUGGAUGGACAACACCGCGCACAUGACUUGGCUAGUCAUCACGAAUCACUAUUAAGCUAACGUUACAGUAAAGAUCUGACUGCAUGCAAGACACGGGUUUCACUUUCAGAUCUUCUUAAAUUACCUGUCCGGGUCAUAAAUAGAUGACAGCAUGAGGAGCCGCAGUAAUUCAGGAGUGAGGUUGGAUGGAUUUGCCAGACUUGUCCAAGAAACAAUAUUAUGCCACCAGAAUCCAGUGACUGGUUUACUGCCAGCUAGCGAGCAGAAGAAGGAUGCCUGGGUCAGAGAUAAUGUUUACAGCAUCCUGGCAGUGUGGGGGCUCGGAAUGGCUUACCGCAAGAAUGCAGACCGUGAUGAGGACAAAGCUAAAGCCUACGAGCUUGAACAGAGUGUGGUUAAGCUAAUGCAAGGGCUGCUGCAGUGUAUGAUGAGACAGGUGACAAAGGUAGAGAAGUUCAAACACACACAGAGCACAAAGGACUGCCUGCAUGCCAAAUAUCAUACUCCUACCUGUGCCACAGUGGUUGGAGAUGAUCAGUGGGGGCACCUGCAGGUGGAUGCCACCUCGCUGUACCUGCUCACAUUGGCUCAGAUGAUCGCCUCAGGUCUGCGGAUCAUAUCUAACUUGGACGAGGUGGCGUUUAUCCAGAACCUGGUGUUCUACAUCGAGGCAGCGUACAAAGUGGCUGAUUAUGGGAUGUGGGAGAGAGGAGACAAAACCAAUCAAGGAAUUCCUGAACUGAACGGCAGCUCUGUUGGAAUGGCUAAGGCAGCUUUGGAGGCCAUUGAUGAACUUGACUUGUUUGGAGCUCACGGAGGCCCAAAAUCAGUGAUUCAUGUUCUCCCAGAUGAAGUAGAACAUUGUCAGUCUAUCUUGUGCUCCAUGCUUCCUCGAGCUUCCACUUCUAAAGAGAUAGAUGCCGGUCUGCUCUCUGUCAUCUCCUUUCCUGCGUUUGCAGUGGAGGAUGCAGAUCUGGUCAACAUCACCAAGAGUGAAAUCAUCUCCAAGUUGCAGGGACGUUACGGCUGUUGUCGAUUCAUCCGAGAUGGAUAUAGGACCCCAAAAGAGGACCCCACUCGCCUUCACUAUGAUCCAGCUGAGCUGAAGCUCUUUGAGAACAUUGAAUGUGAGUGGCCAGUGUUUUGGACUUACCUUAUACUCGAUGGCAUCUUCAGUGAAGACCAUGAGCAGGUGCAGGAAUACAGAGAGGCUCUUGAUGGAGUUUUGAUCAGGGGAAAACACGGGAUUCGUCUGGUGCCUGAACUCUACGCUGUACCCGCUGACAAAGUUGAGGAGGAGUACAAGAACCCUCACUCUGUGGAGCGUGUGGUCGCUGGCCAGCUCCCACACAUGUGGGGCCAGUCUUUGUAUAUCCUGGGCCGUCUGCUGGCAGAGGGUUUUCUGGCCCCUGGAGAGAUCGAUCCUCUGAAUAGGCGAUUUUCUAAAGAAUUCAAGCCGGAUGUUGUUGUUCAAGUGAGUGUAGUGGCUGAGUCAGUGCAGAUCCAGCAGCUGCUGAAGGAUCAAGGGAUUGAGGUUCAGACCGUCUCUGAUGUUUCGCCCAUCCGGGUCAUGCCAGCACGCAUCCUGAGCCACAUUUACGUGAAACUGGGUAACUGUAAAAACCUGAAUCUGAGUGGGCGACCAUACAGGCACAUCGGUGUCUUGGGAACUUCAAAGUUUUAUGAGAUCAGAAAUGGUACUUACACAUUCACUCCACAGUUCAUCGACCAGCAUCACUUCUACUUGGCUCUUGAUAACCAGAUGAUUGUGGAGAUGUUGCGCACAGAGCUUGCUUAUCUUUCAUCCUGCUGGCGGAUGACUGGAAGACCUACCCUCACAUUCCCUAUCACACAGAGCAUGCUGGUUGAGGAUGGUGACAGUAUUGACCCCUGUAUCCUCUCUACCAUCCGGAUGCUUCAAGAUGGCUAUAUUGCCGGUGCAAGGGUGCAGAUGGCAAACCUCUCCUCAUUCCUCAGCACCUCCUUCCACACCCAGCUCAGCUUCUUAGACGCAGACUCUGAAGAGAAUCUGCUAGAGGAAUAUGAGGAGGAGGAGGAGGAGGAAGAGAGUUUUGGGCCCUCAGGAGGUUCUGGAGACAUGUUUCACCAGUAUCUCACAGAUCUGUUGCACAGCACUGCUACCAAAUACCAUCUACCUCCCAUCCAGAGGGGGCAGCACCACGUUUUCAGUGCUGAACACACCACCAGGGACAUCCUUUCUUUCAUGGCCCAGGUUCAGGGCCACAACAUGCCCAAGGCUUCCAUGUAUCUGCCCGUUGCCCCCAUCAUGAGCAAACACAGGAAGUCUCUGAACCUGCUGGAUGUUCCUCAGCACAGUGUUUCUAAUCCCACCAAGGCCGAUAGCGUUGACCUGCACUUGCCACAUGAUUCUCAUGGGAACACAGACUUUGCCUUUCUGGUCAAUCAGCUAAAGCAUUGUCCAUCUCUCCAGGACCAGGCAGAUAUCCUCUAUAUCCUCCAUGCUAUGAAGGGUCCGGAUUGGGCAGUAAAUCUGUCAGGAGAAGGUGAGGCGACUGUUCGCUCCCUGCUGGAGGAGCUUUAUGUUCGGGCGGGAUCGUUAAAGGAAUGGGGCCUCAUCCGCUACAUUUCAGGCAUCCUGAAGAAGAGGGUGGAAGUUCUUGCUGAGUCCUGCACAGAUCUAAUCUCCCAUCACAAACAGCUGACAGUGGGUCUUCCGCCCGAGCCCAGAGAGAAGGUCAUCACAGUUCCUCUUCCUCCCAAAGAACUGAUAAGCUUGAUUUAUGAGGCCAGUGGACAGGACAUUAGCAUUGCUGUCCUCACACAGGAGAUCAUGGUGUAUCUGGCCAUGUAUGUGCGCUCUCAGCCGUCUCUGUUUGGAGACAUGCUGCGUCUGCGCAUCGGCCUCAUCAUUCAAGUAAUGGCUACAGAACUUGCUCGCAGUUUACACUGCUCAGGUGAGGAAGCGUCAGAGAGCCUGAUGAGCCUCAGUCCUUUUGACAUGAAGAAUCUCUUACAUCACAUCCUGAGCGGGAAAGAGUUUGGUGUAGAGAGGAGCGUGCGUCCGAUUCAGUCUUCAGCGACCAGUCCCACCAUCUCCAUCCGUGAGCUUGGACACACGGGGGCCACCAAGACAGAGCGCACGGGCAUCAGAAAGCUCAAGACUGAAAUCAAACAGAUAUUUACAAGCAGUCAUUCCAUCAGCAGUAAUUUCACAUCCCCUCGUUCCACGCGAUGCAGCAGCCCCUCAACUCCAAGCGGGAUCCUGUCUCCGACCGGUGCAGAUGACCCCCACCUGCAGUGGGAGGAACGCCAGGGCCAGUGGCUGAGGAGACGCAGACUGGAUGGGGCCAUAAAUAGGGUGCCUAUGGGCUUCUACCAGAAGGUCUGGAAGAUUCUCCAGAAAUGUCAUGGGCUCUCCAUUGCCGGAUAUGUCUUGCCUUCCUCCACCACCCGUGAGAUGACAGAAGGAGAGAUCAAGUUCGCAGUUCACGUGGAGUCUGUACUGAAUCAUGUCCCACAGCCUGAGUACAGACAGCUGCUGGUGGAGGCCAUUAUGGUGUUGACCCUUGUAGCUGACAUGGAGCUUCCCAGUAUUGGGGGAAUUAUUCACAUCGACCGCAUUGUCCACAUGGCCAAUGAUCUCUUUCAACAGGAUCAGAGAUCCAGCGGGGCCAAUGAGUAUUUUUUGGAAAAGGAUCCUGCCACAGGAAUCUGUAACUUCUUUUAUGACAGUGCUCCUAGCGGCAGCUAUGGCACUAUGACUUAUCUUUCAAAAGCUGUGGUCACAUAUGUUCAAGACUUCCUGCCAAGCAGCAGCUGUCAAAUGCAGUAACGACUGCAGUUCCCAGAAAACCUGCAACCUUCAGGAUGGAUCUCUGACCGGUUUUUAUUUCAUCUUAACAGUGAAAGAAUUAAAUAAAAAUUAGCUGACCUCAGUUCAGUAGCAAAGGCCAAGCAUCAACAGGGAAGCCACUAAAAAACAUUGCAUGAUAUGUUGUGAAGCAGACAGACUGCAGGAAAUGGACCACUGUGCUGUUAUGUGUUUGAAGUGUACACUUCUAAUUUAAGAACUUUUAAAUGCAAAUAACCAGUGUUGGGUAUAGUUACUUUGGAAAGUAGUUAGUUAGGUUACAACGUUACCAUCAAUUAAAAGUAAUCAGUUAUGAUACAGCGUUACCUAUUCAU